CAGAACAUUGCGGUUCGACCAAUUGAAAAUCAGUAAAAAGGAGUUAAUUUUGAUUUAUUUUUGUUACUUUGUUUUGUUGUUUAAUCAUGGUAGCUAAUCUUGUUCACGUGCGUGCGUCGAGAAUGAGUACAAAAAGCAACAAAACAUAAAUCACCACCAAUUCAUUAUUUCAAUUCUUGUUCUUUUAAUUACGCAUUUGUUGCAAGUCAUUGCUUUGUUUUUAUCGUCAUUGCGUGCUUCGCGUGUAUCUAAACAUCGCAUUUAUUGCCACUCUCCGGCGAUGGCAGCUGUGUUGUGUAUCUUGCUUUUAGAUCUCAGCUGCCACUACGGCUAGCAAAAACAACAGUCGCAGUCGCGACGACAAUAGCGCUUCAAAGCAUCACCAAUAACUGCAACUACAACUGGUUGGAGUGGAGUUGAAGGUGGCAGCUGUUGCAUUCACCGGUGCGUUGUUCAACACAAACAGUCUGUUCGCACGCGUCGCGCUUGCAACAACGUUCUAAACGGGAAAUUUUAACGAACAAAAGAAAAAUGUUCGUCAAAAAGUUCGAAUUAAAUAAAAUGUGAAAUAAUUAACUAAUGUAGUUUUUGGAAAUAAAAAUUACGUAAAUAAAAUGGUUUUAUACCGAAACUUCCAAGAGGUCACAACAAUAAAACAACAAAACUAACUGCCGUGACAAUAAAAGUGAGACAACAAGCCAGCAACACUCGUACAACACAGCAACAAAGUGUUGCCAACAAUCGACUAAUUAACAUGCAACGUAUGUGAGCAACGUGCGCGAAUAUUCAAAACAAAAACAGAAACACAAACAGGGGAAAAAACAACGUUUAAAAAACGCAGAGCCUACAAGUGACGAGGAGUGUGCAUUGCAGAUCGUUAACAGCCGCUGGCGGAAAAUAGGAGUGAGUCAAUGUGAGAAGAAAAUAAAUACAACAACAAAUAAAAAUAGUCACUGGGAAGACUGCAGUUUUUGAUACGAUACGUACCAGCGAUAGGUGGUAAGCAACAGAAUGCACGGCGAUAAAACGUGAAUGCAUAAUGAACUGAACUUUGAAUGUGCAACGUGCAACGUGCGGCAAGCAAAACAACAAACGAUAAAAGAUUGACAAACAAAAAUAUCUUUUACAAAAUCAGCGGCGGCAACAAGGAAACAACAAUAAAUGCAACGAAAUUCAUUAGCAGCCUGAGCAGAGUCACAACAUUAACACCACACCAGCGAUUGCAUCAGGGCAAAAAAAUAAAAAUAAAAAUAAGUAAAUCCAAAUUGGCGAAACAACAAUAAAAAAUUUAACAAUUUAGCAAAAUAGAAAAGGCUUCAUUAUCAAUAUUGCGUUUAGCUGCAUGCUUUUGCCUCUUCCAGUCACACUGACAACCGUAGAUAGUAGUCGUUUAGCCGCCAGACGUUCGCACACCAUUGCUAAAACCCAGGGUGUCUCACAGCUACUCCUGCCUUGUCAACUUUCCGGCUGUGCCAAUCGAGAAAUUGCAGUGUUGGCAAAAAUAUUUUAUUUAUUUAUUGCGCAUUGUAGAUUUUGUUGGUGUUCAGCGUUGACGUUGUUGUCGUUGCUGUGUUAAUUUGUAGCUGAGUGGCUUCAUCUGUGGCCGUGGUGUUGUUAGUACUGCUGCCGGGUAUCCAUCGCUCCGUUGGUGCUAAUUAAGCUGCAGCGAAUUUUCGUUUAUGCGGCUGGUGAUAUUUUUUGCAGAUGUUGCUGAUUGCUGGCAAUUAAAGCGGCGGAAAAUUGAAAUAACAAGCCAAAUGAAAAAAAUGCAAAAUACAUAUAAGAAAAAAAAAGAAGUUUGAAAAAGUAGAAAUGCUAUGCCGGACUUAAGGAACAUUUUUGAAAGAGAAGUGUAGCUAUACAACAGUGGUGGCGAAUCUAGUACGUAUAGUCAUUCAAAGAUAAUAACACAAGUAAAACCGAAUAUAAAUAAUAGUCAUCGAAAAAUAAAAUUUUUAAAACGAAAAAUUAGCACCUAUUAAAAAUAAAAACAAAAAAAAUUAUUCUAGCCUACGGCUUUGAUGCGAUCAUUUUAAAAAUACACACCUAUGUAUAUCGCACUGUUAACAGCUCAUCUUAUUGUUUGGCGCAAUAGCUGAUACAAUAGCAGAGAGGCAGCACUAUAUGCAUGUAAACUUAUAGCAACACGUCGGCGGCAACAUCACCAGCAACAAGAGUCUCACGCAACAAGAAUCUCCGCAGCAUCGUCUUAUAGCAACAUUGUCUCAGCGCAAUUGAGACUACUGGUGCAACGACAGUAAAUCAAAAACAAAGUAAACAAAACAAAACAAAAAAAAAAGAAACAAACACAAAGGCGACCCAGCAACAGCAAGCAGACACAACAACAUGUCGGUGGUGAUGCGUAAUGUACCGCGUCUUUUUGGCGAAGAAAAUGGUCGUCUGCCACAAUUGUACGCCGGCAAUCCGGCUAUUGCAUCGGAAAAUGUGCGCAACUGCAAUUGCUGCCCCUACGGUUACCAUAUCGAUUUGGAUUUUGUGCGCUACUGCGAGUCGCUAGCCAAUGCCAGGCCAUCGGAGGAGGAGUUGCGGCGGCGCAGUCGGCGGCGCUCACGUAAAUCAAUGGAAUUCAUGCUGGGCCUGGACGAAAUGUUCGAGCAAUGGGAUGCCGCUGCACGGGUGCAGGCAGUGCCAGAGGUGCCGCACGAGAGUGACUCACCCGAUUCACCGCGCUUGCUGCCGCCGUCGCACAUAUCACCAGCGUCAGCGUCCCACUCCGCUUUUUGUACAUCUACUCCACGUCCACGCUCGUCAUCGGUGCCGCGCUACACCUACGGCCACAGUAGCAGCAGCAUGCCCCGUGCUGAAUCACCCUUCGGAACUGCCUCUUCUACCUGCUCAUCAGUGCGCGGCGCCGAAAGUGAUGCACCUUAUAUCAUGCUACGUCAGCGCCAGCAAGAGCAUCAAUCGCGUCGUGAUGCGCCCGAAACGCGCGCUUUUCUGCGUGAAGCGCUCGACGAGGUGUGCAGUGAUUUUGAGCGCACACUGGAGCGCACGUCGCUGCGGCGCAAGAAGGCCGUGAGCUGUAAUGAGCGUGAUGGCGGUUUCAGCGGGGGUGGCGGCGGGUUGAAUGGUCAAUUAUCCGGCUAUGGCAUGGCUAGCGAUCGUAACAACAAUCACCAGCCAAUGUAUGCAAUGAAAACGGAUUUACCACCGACGAAGUUGGGCAAUGCGAAUUGGAUGCGCGACGCUUUUGCGAGGAAUGGCUAUGGCUGUAAUGGCAAGCGUUUGCGCUAUGACUGGGAGCGGUCGGCAGAACAAUCGAUAGAUUCAUGCGUUGCUGGCAAUAAGUCACCGCAAACCACACGUUAUCUAGCCAAGGCCUCGGCCGCAUUACCUGUCCAUCAGAAGCAGUCACCUGCCGAGCAGCAGUAUGAGUCAUAUGUGCAGGCCACAGUGGCGGCGAAUGCCAAGUCGCCGGUAGAACAGCUGGUGCCACCACCACCGCCGCCACGUCGACAUGCGCCGUUACCGCGAAAGUUGUUGAGUCCCCAGAACGGCGAAGCCGAUCUGACAGACACAGAUGAUGUUGAUAGAAAGCCACUGCAGACGGAAAGCGCGGCACCGCCGUGUGAAGCCAUUGCCGCGUCCAAAUUCGCUCCACUUGGUGCAACGAAUGGCGCGGAGACAAGCGCUGCUACCGACGCGCAAACGCUGUUCAGCAUACGCCAGCAGAUGGCGCUGAGUUUAAAACGUAUGAAGGAUUUGGAGGAGCAGGUCAAAUCUAUACCAGAAUUACAGCAUGAACUGACGCAAUUACGCGAUGAAAAGCAACGUCUGCAACUAUCAUUGCAGCGCAAAGAAGAUGAAUUGCAGCGCGCACGUGAACCGGCGCGUCCUUCGGCCUCCCCUAGUCCAGCGGCAAGUUUGAAAAAUGGUUCACCGUCACAGUUCACACCGCAACGCAUUAGCCCCGUCUCGUUGGAAAGUUUGGGCUCUCGCCUGCGCGCCAAUUCAACCAGCUCCGAGCGACAGCUGCGCACGCUUGCCACGCUUAAGCGCGAUGUGGGCACUAUGUGUGGCCUGCAUGCGACACGCGAUAUUGCUGUCGGUAGUCCAGUGCAUAUGGUUCGUAGUGUGGGUACAAGUCCUGCGCAGCAGUUACGUAGCAUCACCGAAACGCUUCACUCGCAAAGGGAAAUAGAAGAGCAUACACAAAUGGCGAUAACGCAUUACGAAGAACAACGAGCGCUGCAGCAGCUCAAAAAGAUGGCGCACGUUGGCACACAAAUGUCUGCGCCACGUUGUGUGGACAGCAUUACACAGACUGCAGCAGAGCCGAAGGUACUUAAGAGUUCGGUGAGCGUGAUGGCUAGCCCGCAAACGCGCGAGGCUUACGUCACAUGUCGUCCGGAAGUGCGUUCUGCAGCUUGCUCGGAGGAUAACAUAUUAGAUCCGCUAUGUGAAAAGUGUCGCAUUGUUAAGCGCAGUAUCGGCUGUAGCACUGAAGACCCCGGAUUCAUUAAAGUCAAAUCAGUUUCAUUAAAAUUACUCGAUUCACCUGGAUUUCUGCGCAGCAAAACCUUUUCGUUGGGCGAGCAUGAGCGGUUCGGCCGGAUAUCCAAGUCCACAGGCACCCAAUAUACGCCAGUGCCUGUACAUAAUAUCGGUAGCCAAACUGCCGUCACUUACGUGCAUGCCGUUGGUGUGCAAUGCGCACCCGAGCAGCGUCACGCUGGCAUACAGAGCGAGGUGGAGUGCGAGACGCGCCAAACGGAUACACGCGAUCUGAUACGCCUCAGCACAACGCAAACUAGCACUGAAGAAUAUGUCCCACCACCGGCGACUGUUGUUGUAGCAGAGCCACCUAAGAAAGAGGAAAAGCCCGCGCCAUCAAAACCAGUAACGCGCACAACUGCUAGCAACACAGACCCGCCGCUCACUGUUGAUUAUGGCAUAAAUACAUUACCGCCCGCGCCCAUACGCCACACUGCCGCCAAUACAGAGUCGGUGCGCAAACGUGACAUAGGUUGUGGUGACGUUGUCAAGCCACAUAUUUCCAUAGCCUGCGCUGAUAAUUACUGUGAUUCGUGCAAGGACGCGAUAAAGAAUUUGGCCAAAGACUUCUCGAAAGUGCUGUCUCCACAAUCACCACCAUCGCCACGGCCGCGUCCACCCGCACCGGUGCGGAGUGCAUCUAUGGACUCGCGCAUACCGCGUCGCACAAACAUACCACCCAGUCCCAGUCCGGUGCGGCGCACCUUCCAGCGGCAGAAUACCUACACAAUAACGACAACGCCAGAGAAGCAGGCAAAGAAGCCAGCUCAGAGUUCGCUGCACGAGAAGCCGCCAUCGAUCGCACAUUUCCUGCCACCGGAGUCCGCCAGUGAAACACAGAGCUUCAUCACUGAACCCACCGCCGGGUCUGUUGCUGUCGGCGCCAAGGUUGCAUCGCCCAUAGCAAAAGUUUCCAUCACUGCCCCAUCGUCGGCUGCAAGCUCACGUCGCGCCUCCGAUGCCAGUCAAAAACGCGCCGAGGUGUUAGACUCUAACAAAGAUGACGAGACGACGUCACUUAAACCCAGUCUCGAUGGAGUGAUUGUGCGAGAGGAGAAGCGCGUGAGUGUCAGUUGGUCACGUGAUGCAUCACCGGCACCACACAAAGAUGGCGCCUCACCUUAUCGCUCACUGGAGAGCUCCUUCAAUGACAAACUGAAGCAGUCAACGCUCGAAACAGCAUCAGCAGUAUUGGCUGAGGGAAGUGAAGAAAAGGAGGAUGUUGCAGCAGAAGUUGAUGUGUCAAAGGGUGCGCGUCGCAAGACAACAACACUGAGAUCUAGUCAAACCUCAAACAAACAAGAGGAACGAAUUGAAACGACAACAGCAGCGCAGGAGGUGAAAGUGGCGGAGUCGAAGCUGGAAAAGCGUGAAAUGCCGGAGCGGCCACCAUCCAAGGCGUUGCUGCAGAAGCUAGCAAUGGUAGAGGCGGAGCCACGACAAAAAUUUGUUCCGCCUGCUGAGAUGCUAAGCGCUCUGAAAACCAUCAAUAAUUCACUGUUGAAGAAAAUUGAUGCUAAGUCUUUAUCGGCGGCUAGUUUGAAAGCGUCCAAGUUGGUAAUACAGCAGGAAUGGUUUCGCGUUUCGAGCACCGAGAAGGCAAAUCCGCAUGAGGUAGAAGAUUACUUGGACUGCUUUGAGGAAAUGUCGGUGGCGCUGUUGGAGUACUGUGUCAAUAUGGUGGAUGCUAAUGGCAACUCAGCAAUGCACUAUGCGGUCUCGCAUGGCAAUUUUGACGUCGUAUCCAUUUUACUCGAUUCAAAGGUUUGCAAUGUAAAUCAAAUGAAUAACGCUGGAUACACUUGUGUGAUGCUCGUCUCAUUGGCAAAGCUGAAAAACUCUGCGCAUCGCACAGUCGUACAACGACUGUUCCAGAUGGCCGAUGUCAAUAUACGAGCCAAAAAGCACUGCCAAACCGCAUUGAUGCUGGCUGUUUCCCAUGGUAACAACGAGAUGGUAGAGCUGCUGUUGGCCGCUGGCGCUGACAUCAACAUACAGGACGAGGACGGCAGCACCGCGCUAAUGUGCGCGGCGGAACAUGGGCGCACCGAUAUUGUCAAGCAUUUGCUGUCACAGCCUGAUUGCGAUUCGCUCAUAGUGGAUGUGGAUGGCGCUACGGCUUUUAAGAUUGCCUGGCAGGCUGGACAUCGCGAUCUUGGUUUGCUAUUGUACGUGCACGAGCAGAUGCUGCGCAGCAAGCAGCCCAAUCGUGGUGAAGCAACGCGUGUUUCGCUAGAGUUGCCGCGACGCACGAAGCCUGCUAAGUGAGUGGGGAAGGCAGAACGAAGACAAAAAACGCGCAGAGGUGGGGCAGAUGGAUGCAUUUUUGCGAAAAAGAAAAUGGCGCAGUAUAUUUCCGUAGAAGAUAUUUUUAAUUAAUAAAAAAAUAUAAGUGAAUUAAAAUUCUGGAAAAAAAAAAAUGUAAACGAUGCCAGCCAAAAAAUUUUACGAACAAAGUAGACAGUUCUUUCUUAAAAUUAGUAUUUUUUGCCAAUAAAAUGGCAGCAAAUACAUACAUAAAUUAAAAAACAUCACUUAGCUUGACACUUAAGGUCAAGAGGAGUUAUGUAUGGUAGUAUGAUAAUACCAUUUAAGGUUAGGUUUUAGUUCUCGAAAAAAUGUGCGCGUACUUAGUAGAGCAGAUUUUGAAAAGACAGCAGCCAUAUCAGUUGUUAAUGCCAAUUUGGUUAACACACACACUGACAUUCCACAUCAGUUUUGACAGCGAAAUUUAUAAAAAAAAUUAAUAAUGUAAAAAUACGAAAACUGAAAAAAAUGACAUUUAAAAAUCUUGAACGUUAAAAAAAGCCCAAAUUUAAAGAAAACAUCAGAAAAAAAAUCAUGAAAAAAAAUUUUUUUUAAUAUUUGCAGUUUUCUAAUGAAAUUUUCGCAAAAAAAAAAAACACUUUUUAAUACAAAUGCACUCAUAAAUAUUUUUUUAAUAAUAAAGUUUGAUAUUAAACUCUUACAAUGAAAAACACAUAAAUGAAAAUCUAAAUUUUUCAAUUUGUUUCACAAAUUUUUAAAAUUUUCCAGAUUUCAGUUUUCGAAAAAUUUUAAUUUUGAGCACUUACACCGAGUUUUUAAUAUUAAUUCUAACUAGAGCAGCAGAACAAAUAAAAACUAAAAACGCUUAAACUAAAAUCUCAAAAUUAAGAAAGAAACAAAUAUUUAUACACUCAAAUUGCCAAACAUUAUGCGCAAGUGUAGUAUACAUACUAAAAAGCAUAUCAACACAUGUAUGGACAAUGAUCUGAAAAAUGUUUAAAAUAAAAUCAGAAUAAAAAUGAUUGACAAUUUAUAAUCUCACUUCAGUCAAUUUUUAAAAGCAAAACAGUUAAUUAGUAGAAAACACGAAAUUAGCAAUAGUAACGAAAGUAAGGCACACAUAUACAUAUAUACACAUACUACUCAAUGUAAUCUAAAACUAGUUGUAAUUACUUACUUGCAGUUUUUAAAAUAAACACAAUUUACUUAUAUAUUAAAUGUAGUAAGAAUACAUAUGCGCCCGUUAUUCUGCAUAUCAAGAACGAGGUUUUUAAAAUAAAAAAUAAAAAUAUU